UUAAUCAUAUUCUUUCAGAUGCUACAACACAAAACGAAUUAUUGCUAGCUAUGGCUGCUAUAAUAGAUAAAGUAUUAAACUUGGAUUUAGUGCGGGACUGCAAUAUAUUGUUGGCGAUACCAUUGAAUCGACUCGCCCAUUCUGACGUCACGCGCCUAAGCGAUAUUACCACCAAGGCUCUAUUGAAACAGAUAUACCGAGUUUUCCCUCGCCUAGACUUUUGCAGUAUUGCCAUAUUGAAAAACAUAGUAUCAGUGUUGCCAGCUACAGUGGUGAACGAGAACUAUUUGUCGAGAUUGCAAGAUGCUGAAUUAGAAACGUGCAAGCAAUACUUCCAGUUAAUCUGUGAUGUCAAUUAUGCUUUAUUAAGUUAUUGUUCGGAUUUGAUUAAAAAUGUUUUGAACGAAGAAAAGUUUAAUAUUAUAUUUAAAAAGAUGAAAAAUCAAAUUUUUGAGAAUCAAUACGGCGGUACCGACUACCUGUCGUUGAAUACACUGAAAAAUAAACUUUAUGCCUUGGAAAAUAUGGAUGAUAAUGAUGCAAAAGAAAAUGUAUUAAAACUUAUAAAUAGGAGAGGAAUUGGCUCCGAAGACGUGUAGGGCAGCGUUGAAGACAGCGUUGAGGCUGUCCCAAUUAUGUCCAGACUUAUGUUCGCCCGUAAUACUAGAGAGCAAGAGAAUGCCUCUACAGAGACUGCUGUGCCUACCCCCUAAUGUACACGUCGUGAAGUUCAACGAACAAGUGACUGUAUACACGGACUCCAUAAGACGUCCGUGCGUGAUCACAGCGCUGUUGUCCAACGGGCAGCGUCGCCAGUACAUAUGCAAGACCGGCGAGCCGAUGUUACGGGACGCGUCGAUACAACGCGCCGUAUCCGCACUGCCUCUACUCACCCCCUUAUUCAGAGGACGGAGUUACAAUGUGACUCCUUUGGGCGAAGACUCUGCCAUUAUUGAGUACUUAGAAGACCAUGUGAGACUCAGGGCGCUAACGGGCGUUGAUAUUUCAGCAGACACUGACGAUGAUAAAUUAAUCAUGGAGCCGCAAAAAGCAUUGAAACAGUUUCAAGAUAACAGUGCAAAAGUUACUCCAUAUAAACUCAGGUCGGCUAUAGAAAGCAACAGUUCAUGCGUCCAGGAGUUCAUUGCUAAGAAACGGACCUUCGAAGAUACCCUGGGUUCCAUGACCAUACUGACCUGGCUUUUCGGUGUAGGAGACCGACACUUGAACAAUAUAAUGUAUAGCACGCGAGACGGCGGCGUCUGCGCCGUGGACUGGGGAACUAUCUUCGACUAUGGACUCAGAGAACUACCCCCUGCUAGACUUACAGCCAAUUUGUUGGCUGUCUGCGAUAUUAAAGUUUUGGAGAGUCGACUGCAACAAAUGUUACUGUAUUUGAGAAAGAAUAAGAAAAUAUUCGAAGCGUUUUUGAAGACUUCAUUCUUUUGGCUGGGUCCAGAAUUUAAUGAGUUAAAAUACAUAAAGGAAAUAUUGCGAGGAGAAACAGUGUCUUAUGUAGUGACUAGAGAACGCCUUGAGGAGUCUGCGGUGAAGAAUAAAGAGGAGUACAUCGCGUUGUUGGAUCGAGUGUUCCAGAAUUUCACAUCUAAAGAUACUUAUAGUGUGGAGGAACAGGUAUCAUAUCUACUGCAACACUGCAGGGAUCCGAGUAUUCUAUCCGUCACCAGAAGUGGAUGGGAGCCGUGGAUAUAAAGUGUAUUUUUUACGGUAUAAGCCGAUAAACGAGCAGACGGAUCACCUGAUGGUAAGCAAUCGCCGCCGCCCAUGGAGACUUGAAACACCAGAGGCGUUACAAGUGCGUUGCCGGCUUUUUGGGGAUUAGGAAUUUAAGGGUUGUUGUUGGAAUUGAGGAUUGGGAAGGGGGGAAUUGGGCCUCCAGUAACUUCAGUCACACAACGCAAGCGUUAUUUCACGUCGGUUUUCUGCUCGGCCGUGGUAUCACUCCGGUCGAGCCGGCCCUGCAGUACCGAAGCAUGGCUCUCCCACACUUAAAUAUCACGCAAUCGACUACAUUCUGUCCAGUCCUCCCCCAAUAACUACUACCACAAUCAUUAGAACUUGAGACGGGAUAUUUACCAUGUUUAUUUAUGUCUAUGAGUUUCCGAUAUUUCGGCACUGUUGCAAGCGCCAUGAUCACGGAUGAACAAUAGUGAACUCUUCGACAUAAAUAAACAUGGUAAAUAUCCCGUCUUAAGUUCUAAUAAUAGUGUUUGUGACCAUGUCUAAAAAAAACUAAGACCCCCAUUGACUUUUGUCAUUUGAGAAAUAACACUUGCAUUGUAUAUCGCCACGUGGGUGAGGUUACUGGGAACCCAAUUCCCCUCCCCCUCAAUUCUCGGAUCCCCAAACCCCCAAAAGGCCGGUAACACACUAUUAGUAACUUUUCUAGAGUUGCGGGUGUCCAUGGGCGGCGGCGAUUGCUUACCAUCAGGUGAUCCGUCUGCUCGUCUGUCUACUUUGACUUAUACCGUGAAAAUGUAGCAAGAUAGAUGCUUUUGCUUUUAUGUAUUAAUAUUGUAUAGUACAGUUGCUUUUUUAAAGUUAAAUUGUGUGAAUUAAUAUUGAUGUAAAAUUAAUUUGUGUAUUUUUUCUUAUCCUUUUGUAUGAAAUAAAUAUUUUUUUACUAUAUCUA